ACGUGCAGCAAUCGUUGUGUGAACAGUGGCACAUUUAAACACCAAAUUUCGGUUUUCAGAGAGAAGUCAGUUGUACGUACAGCGGGCUUGACCCUGAAGCUAUUCAUUGAGCUCCACAGUGAGCUCCACCGCGUCAAACCAACGAAUAGCUUCAGCAAUUUUCCGUCAGGCUAAUCUCAACAUACAGGAAGGAGCCUUCUAGACUCCGACGCAGUUAUCAGCAAAACAGCAGGUGAACACAAAAAGCAGGCGCAUGUCCGGCAUCGAGAACCUCAAGACCUUCGAUCCGUUUACGGACGCGGUUCGGGGAGAUGACCAGGUUGUGGUCCAGGACGGGCUGAUCCAUAUCCGGAUCCAGCAGCGCAACGGACGAAAGACACUGACUACAGUGCAGGGAAUUGCUGAAGACUUCGACAAAAAGAAAAUUGUCCGUGCCUGCAAAAAGGACUUUGCUUGCAACGGAACUGUUGUAGAGCAUCCGGAGUACGGUGAGGUCCUGCAACUUCAGGGUGAUCAGCGUAAUAACAUCUACCAGUUCCUAACGAAGGUCGGUAUCGCUAAACCCGAACAGCUCAAAGUACACGGCUUCUAAGUUAUCCUCCAAGGGCCCUCGCUGCCAGUGUCUAUCUGGAAGCUGCUUUCCCUUUCCGCGAUUUCUACCCGCCUCAGCUCACACAGCAACAUGGUGAGAGUGACGGUCAGAGAAGACGCCAGUCAGAGGUGGAUGCUCUACCGCCGAGUUGGAUAGGAGUGGUUAAAAAAAGCUAGACUAACAAAGGAUUAAAUGAACGAUAACAAUAACAAUUGUCAUCAUCAAGUAAAAUAUACACACCAGUAACAACUACAAUUUAAUAAAAAGAACAGCUACAAAACAGCCAUGUGUUGAAGAGAUCAUCUCCCACCUUCAGAAGAAGGUAUCAUUACGAGAAGAAACAUGUCAAAUAAACCAUGAAGAUAAUAAACAACAUUCUGAUA